GAGCUUUGACCAUCUCACCUUGGUCCCGCCCCUCUGUGGCCCCGAACUUGGAAAGGCACAGCCCUGGCUGUCACUCUAGAUACCCCACCUGUAGACCCCAGGACGCUGGCCACGCAUGUACGGAGAGAGUUCAGGGGUCUUCAAGGGGACCCCUUUCCUUCGUGCCUGUGUUUUCUCACUAGAUGAGCACUGUCAGUGUACUCAGCUCUGCACAGUCCUGUGGCAGAACAUGUCCCCAGGGGCCAUUCACUGGCUCCUCCAAGGGGGAUGGGAAGUGUCGGGCCCACUUUGCAGAGGGGAAAACCAAGACCCAGAAAGGCAUGUUGCCCUUCCCCAGGUCAUUCUCUGUCCUCCUGGGUCCCGCACAUUCAGAGUCUGCUCCCCGGCUCCACUUUGCACAUGGUGCUGACUCUGGAAGCCGAUGCUGAACGUUGUGGGCUUACCCUGUAUGAUUUGGCCUCGUGCAGAAAGCUCUCACCUGGAGACUGCAGCAGAAGCACCCUGUGGAAUGAAAUCCAGGGAGAAAAUCAAGUUCCCAGUCGUGACUUCUGCAGCCUCCCCCGGGCCGAGGGCUCAUUCCUUCUUUGCUUUCAUACCUCCAUGGCCCAAGAAGAGCUUCUUUAAAAGAGAGUCUCCUAUAACGCAGCACCUGUAUGGAGACAUUGUAAGAGAAGUUCAAGGGACUUCUGAGAAUGGAGUAAUUUUUCAGAAAUGUGCGCUGGUGUCCGGGCAGAGCGAAUCACAGACAGUGCGUGUGCAUCUGGUCGUGAACAACACCCAGGUGCCCUUGUCAGCCAACCUCUCGGAUCUGCUCCUGCUGGAUGACAUCAGUGGCCUCACUGUCAGAGACUCAACUGGAAAUAAGACCCCGGAUGGACUGCAGGCUUUCAGAAAGAAGUUCCUGCCAGUGGGCGACUCCUAUCUGGUCAGCUACACGGCAUCGCUGGACCCUGGAGCCGUGGGCACCGAGGAGAGCCUGAACCUUCCCGCCCAGCUCACUUUCCAGAGCUCGUCACCGAACAGAACGCAGCUGCAAGCCCUCUUGACCAUAACAGUGGCUGAAAAGAUAACAGUCCUCCCCCAUCAUGGUCUCCAUGCAGCAGGCUUCGUCAUCGGCUUCCUCGUCUCCCUGGUGCUGAGCUGGGUGGCACUUUUCUUCCUGGCACGCUAUCGGUGUCUUCCUGGCAGCCUGCUUGCCGGACACCAGACGCUGCACCCUGAGAACAAGCUGGAGCCCUCUCCAUUUGCCUCAGCUGAUGGCAUAAAUGAGGAUCUCUCUCUCAACGACCAAAUGAUCGACAUCCUCACUUCUGAGGACCCUAGGAGUAUGCUGCCGGCCUUGGAAGAGUUGGAGAUUGCAACCCUGAAUCGGGCAGAUGCGGAUCUGGAGGCUUGUCGAACACAAAUCAGCAGGGAUAUCAUCAGUCUUCUGCUGAGAAAUCUGACCAGUGGAGGUCACCUCUCCCCUCAGGUGGAGAGGAGGAUAGCUUCUGUUUUGAAAAAACAGUUUCUGUUGCUGGAAAAUGAAGUACAAGAAGAGUACGAUCGUAAGAUGUUGGCACUGACAGCUGAAUGUGACCUGGAAACAAGAAAGAAGACAGAAAACCAGUAUCAGAAGGAGAUGGUGGCAAUGGAGGAAGCAGAAGAGUUGCUGAAACGUGUUAAUGAGCGGUCUGCCGCAGAGUGCAGCAGCCUCCUGCGGACCCUGCACGGCCUGGAGCAGGAGCACUUAUGGAAGUCCUUGGCUUUGCACCAGGAGGAGGACUUUGCCCAGGCUCACAGGCAGCUUGCUGUUUUCCAGAGAAAUGAAUUGCACAGCAUCUUUUUUGCCCAGAUAAAAAAUGCUAUUUUCAAAGGGGAACUGAAGCCAGAGGCAGCUAAAGUGCUGCUGCAAGAUUAUUCGAAACUCCAGGAGAACCUAGAAGAGUUAAUGGACUUUCUCCAGGCUACUAAGCGGUACCAUCUGAGCAAAAGGUUUGGCCACCGGGAGUACUUGGUGCAGAACCUGCAGUCCACAGAGACCCGUGUGCAGGGCCUCCUGAGCACCGCGGCCACACAGCUGACCCAACUCAUCCAGAAGCAUGAGAGGGCGGGGUACUUGGAUGAAGAUCAAAUGGAAAUGCUACUUGAACGGGUUCAGAUGGAAGUCUUUUCUGUAAAACAGAAGUUGGACAAUGACUUAAAGCAGGAAAAGAAAAAACUCCGCCAAAAAUUAAUAACUAAGAGAAGACGAGAGUUGCUCCAGAAGCAUCGGGAGCAGCGGAAAGAGCAGCUGUCCACAGCUGAGGCAUUCCGAGCUGCUGAGGACGCCGGCCAGUACCUGCGCCAGUGGAGGAGCAUGGUGACCGAGCACAGUGCCGCCCUGGAGGAGCUGCAGGAGACCUUGGACCAGGCCGCCCUGGACGAUGUCCGUGCUCUGACCCUGUUGCUGUCUGAGAAGGCCACCGAGGAGCUGCGGCGCCUGCAGAGCUCGGCGAUGACACAGGAGCUGCUCAAGCGCAGCGUUCCCUGGCUCUUCCUGCAGCAGAUCCUGGAGGAGCAGGCCCGGGAGCUGGCGGCCCGGACUGAGCAGCUGGAGGCCGAGGAGCGGGAGCGGGGCCAAGAGGGCGUGCAGGGCGUGAGGCAGAGGCUGCGGGAUGACGCCCUGGAGGCAGCCACGGAGGAGCAGGCAGAGCUGAGGCGCUGGGAGCACUUGGUCUUCAUGAAGCUCUGUGGCGCUACCUUCUCGCUGUCUGAGGAGGAGCUGCUGGCGAUAAGGCAGGAGGUCCACAGCUGCUUUGCCCAGAUGGACAGGAGCUUGGCCCUCCCCAAGGUGCGGGCCCGAGUCCUGCUGCAUCGCUUCCAGACUGCCUGGCGGGAAGCAGAGCUCCUGAAACUGGACCAGGCGCUGGCUGCCCCCGAGCUGCAGUCCAAGGCCAGAAAGCCGAGGUCCAAGAGUAAAAGCAAGGUGGACCUUAUGAAGAAGUGCAUCGAAGACAAGGUCCGCCUCUUUGAGGAGCAGCCCCCUGCGGACCUGGCAGACAAGGUGCGCGGAGAGCUGCUGCGGGAGAGGGUGCAGCGGCUGGAGGCCCAGGAAGCCCGAUUUGCAGAGUCGCUUGUUGCUCUGCAGUUCCAGAAGGCAGCCCGCGCCACCGAGACCUUGUCAGCCUACACCGCGCUGCUCAGCAUCCAGGACCUGCUGCUGGAGGCGCUGAGCGAGUCCGAGGCCCUGACCAAGCUGGCCUGCAGUCGGAUCCUGGAGUCUCACAGCCCGGAGAUCCAGGAGCUGGAGCGGAAGCUGGAGGAGCACCUGUCAAAGCAGGAGGUGGCCCAGCAACAGCGGUUCCUGACAAGCUGGCAAGACUGGGGGGCCAGUGGACCUGGGGUCCUGAACGAGCCUGGGGAGGCAGAUUCUGAAGGGCACAUCUCCUCCAUCCUGCAGCAGGCCCUGAGCAAGGGCCAGCAGAUGCUGGAACACCAUCAGCAGAGUUUGAGAGAGGAGCAGCAGAGCAGUGCAGUGUUGGAAGAUUUGCUGGAAAACAUGGAGACAGACACCUUCUCGACCCUGUGCAGCCAGGAGCUGAGGCUGGCGGCUUACCUCACGAAGAUGACCACGGUGCCUGGCGCCACGCUGCGCCGCCUCCUGAGUGUGGUGAUGCCCACCGCCCCACAGCCCCUGCUGCUGACCCUGCUGGACUCAGUCAGCGAGAAGCACCCUGAGCACACGGUGGAGAACCCGGGCAGCGGGGAGCAGCCUGACCCAGGCAGGAGGAGGAAACACCAGAGCUGGUGGCAAGCCUUAGAAAGCAGACUGCGGGCAGAUCUGAGGAGCAGAGGGUUGGAGAAGAUGCUGUGGGCAUGGCGGAGGAAGGAGAGCAUUUUGAAGAAGACGUGUCUCCCCAUCAGAGACAGGCUGAUAUUCUCUGGAAAAGGAAGUUGGCCCCACCUGUCCCUGGAACCCGUUGGCGAACUGGCCCCUGUCCCUAUUGUAGGGACUGAGACCAUUGAUGUAUUAAACACGGGUGAAAAGCUCUUUAUAUUCAGAAACCCGAAGGAACCAGAGAUCUCACUGCACGUUCCUCCCAGGAAAAAGAAGAACUUCUUGAAUGCCAGGAAAGCCAGCAGGGUCCUGGGGUUGGACUAGCCCAAGGGAAAGGGCACUGGGAACACCUGAAGAUGGAAAGACUUAUUCUUUCCUGUGCACUUGUGUUUUGUUUGUUCAUAAUAUACAACUGGCAGUAGACUGUCCUGGGACAGCGCAGGUGGGCGGGGCCUUGGGCGGGGUUGUACUUUUUCUAGGUGCCAUGUGUAACCUGGUACCCUCACACCUGCUGUCUUUUGAGGACUCGGUUUGCCCUGGUUUUAUGAACUUCCACUUGGCCACUCUCUGCAUCCCGGGGACAUGAACACUCCUCCCUCUCAGUCAUGAGCCAUCAAAGAUCUGGAGGAGACGCCUGCCCCAGUCACACCCCAGAGCCACGCUGCGUGCCAAGCAGUCUGUGUGUGCAAGGCAAGACUAUUCGUACAUUGUGUGCUUGUUACCCACUGUGUUUUUUAUAAAAGGAACCUUAGGAAAUAAAUGUAUUUCACGCACAA